GCGGCGCGUCGCUUCCGUCGCGCCAGUACUGCCGCGACUUCGCCGAGGACGGACGUACGCCGGUCGCAUCGCACCCUCGCACGAAAAAGUUUUAUAACUCAAUAGUCAGGGGAUUCUCUCCCAAAACCUACAUCACAUAAAAACAUCACCAUGGACUUGUGCAUUUACGCAAAAAGAACUAUUGUCAAAGUUAUUUGCUAACUUUUUGAACUUUUCUUGUGCAAUUUGUGGUCUCUUUAUCGCAUCUUGAUACUAGUUAACAAAAACACGAGUGAAAUUGUUUAUUGUUUAAAGACUUUCCGUUGAAGAGUUUGAAUUUUCUGUUGUUUUUCUUAUUUGUGCGGACGCAUAGCGCGUUGAAAAGAGACAAGAUGAGGUUCAAGCAGGCGGGAGCGACAGGUGUGGCGGCUUUAGUGAUUCUGUUGGCAACUAUAACAGGAUGCUCAUCACAGUCGCUGAAGAUAUUCCCGAUCCAGAAGCAGCAGACGGUAGCUGUAGGCAAGUCAGUGGUGCUGUCGUGUCAAACUGAUGUCGACGACCCGGCGCUCGUGACCCAACCACAAUGGAAGGACCCUAAAGGGCUUGUCAUUAACGAAGCCGCAGCCGGAACCCGACCCGAGAUCUACACAGAAGCGAUGCCGGCGAAGCAAUUGCAGUUGCUGUACAUAUCGUCGAUAACUCUAGCAAUGGCUGGGAACUACACUUGCGUUUCCACCUACACUAACAUUCCAUUGAGUGCCAGUGUUGUUUUGGAUACUAUUGUUGCCAUUACAUGGACCAACGCUAAUGAAAACCAAUAUGCAACGAAGGGUAAAGAUUUUAAGGUGAUGUGCGAAGUGACAGCCGAACCUCCGCCUUCAGUAGAUUGGUUUAAGGAAGGAACUCCUAUUGCGACCGGAGAUAGAUACGUCAUUCAGACGAAUGGUUUGCUAAUAAAAGGCGUAGAGGAGAGCGACGAUGGUACAUACACGUGCCGAGCUGUCGUCAUCCAAACUGGUGAACUUGCUGAACGGAAUAUUAAACUUGAGGUUUAUACUGCACCAGAAAUGGAAGAGCGUGAAUCAAGGGUUGAGAUCAAAGAAGGAGAAUCAGCAGCCAUUACUUGCAAAGCUAGAGGCAAACCUCCACCGAGGUACACGUGGAUUAAAGCUUCCACUCGCGAGAACUUGGCGACGACAUCAAGAUUUAGCGUAAACGAAAUUUCCGGUCUCCUUACAUUUGAUAGAGUCGAGGCGGGAGACUACGGGAAAUACAUUUGCAGCGCUGUUAACAAAGCGGGACAAAACGAAACUGAAAUUGAAGUCGAAGUACUUGUUAAGCCGAGAAUUUUCGAGUUGAAAAACACAACUGCUCCCCAAACACAAGAGGGCAGGCUGGAAUGCAAAGCCACCGGCCGGCCGGCGCCUAGGAUUAGCUUCCGUAAACUGAGCAAUUCGGAUCGCUUUUUGAAUGGACCUAAUGAUGGCGGCAGGAUCACAAUUGAGACUAGCAGCAGGCAAACAGGUGACCAGAUGGAAUCUACCGGAGUUAUUACUAUCUCCACGCUGAACAGAACCGAUGAUGGCCUUUAUGAAUGUGUUGCUGAAAAUGACGGUGGUGAGGCAAGGAGGAAUGGCCAUCUAACGGUUGAAUUUAAACCAAGCUUUGAACACAUGCCUACAGUGCCUAUCUGGGCUAUGAACAACCAACCCGUUAAUCUCAGUUGCAUUGCUGAAAGUAUUCCCAACGCUACCAUCAAAUGGAAGUUCCGUGAACUUGAUUUGGUAGAGAGCCCACAUGUGAAGAUUUUUGGCUCUGGCCCUAUAAGCUAUAUUACCAUCACACCUUUGGACCAAGAUUUGUUCGGAGUAUACAAAUGUAUUGCCACCAAUACCCACGGUGAAGCCGAGCAUAUCAUUCAGUUUAGACGAGCUUACCCUCCAGGCGCUGUUGUGCAGGCUAAACAAGAAAUAAUAACUGCAACGUCGGUCACGUUCGGUAUUGUGGGACCUGCUGAAGAAAUGGGUCCUCCAAUAUUGGCUUACACAGCUCAAUAUAAGGAAAAUGGCAAUUUUGAUUGGAAUCUUGCGCAGAAUCGGACGUGGUCAGCUAACUCCAACUCCCUCUACGUCGUCGAAAAUUUAAGACCCAUGUUCACAUACGACUUUAGGUUCGCAGCUGCUAACCAGGUUGGAGUUGGUGCGUGGGGUUCCCCUCUAACAGUUAUUAUGCCUAGGAGGUCGCCACCCGAACAACCAAAGUGGAGGGAAGAUAUUAGCUCUGAAUCACUCAUUCACGGCAAUUAUGCGGAUCGGUAUGAACUGAAGUGGAAAGUGCCGGCUCAUAACGGUGAACCCAUCGACCUGUACGAAAUACAGUACUGCCCUGUCUUAAAAGUAAGUGGUGACUGGCGAGUGGCCGACGAGAGUCUGUGUGUGAAGGAACAAAUUGAAUCGUUUGAAGUGAUCAACUACGAGGUGCGAGGUCUCCGUCCCGACACUCGCUAUCGCAUGCAUUUACGGGCUCACAACGUGCUCGGGUUUUCUCUGCCUGCUCAACUAUAUGUUCAAACCGCUCUUGGUGUGGGACGUUACGAUUACGCUCAACCUCAGCUGCUCUCAAGCGGGGCCAUUAUUGGGCUCUCCUUGGCUGGAGUCAUCAUCUGUCUGCUCAUAGUGGACCUCUUCCUUCUAUGCUUUAGGCGGCAAGGGGUUAUCGCCACUAUAUGCGGCAAGCGCGCCAAGAAACACAACGACGAGGAAGCUAAACUUGGAAGUCUGUACGGUUGGCGCUUCCCGCUCCCUUAUUGCAGCACGAAGCCGCGCGCGCCGCCCUCCCCCGCGCCCCUGCCGCCGCCGGUCAAGCUCGUGUCAACUCCUACAGAUGAAAAGGAGCCAUUGAAGGAGACAGGCGAGGAUGCUAUUAAGCGUAACUCGUCCGUGGAGUUCGACGGUCAUCGGGUGUAUGCUACGAGUGGAGGACCGAUAAUUGGCAAAAACUCCGCUGUCUAAGAACUAGAAUAUAAGGGAUAAUCUCAUUUUUUUUAUAAAAGUAGUGAUGUAGCCGAUUCUUUUUGCGAACAUUUGUGCAGAUUUUAUAUUGUUUAUUAUAUUUUUAUACUUAUGUUUAUUUCAGACUGAAUUUCGCGUUAGACUUUGUAUACUCACAAUUUAUUAUAGAUACGAUUUGACUACAUCACUCGUAGUAAAGAACAAUUUUAAUACAUAAUAACAUUAAUAUAAGACUCAUAUUCAUAUUUCGAAUAAGCUUGUGUUCAUGUGACGCGCGCGCAAUAUUCUAAAAUUAUAAUUGAGAAUUUCUUCAUAAUUAUCAGCUUUACUUAUACGAUUAUAUAUUUUUAUAAUCAAACUUAAUUCACUAUAAUCUUUGAAAUAUUCAUAAAUGUUUUUACAUUGAACAGAUCAGCUUCCGAGGUACAAAUCGUGCCUUCUAAAGUAUUUAUUUAUGAGGGUAUUAUAGGAUAGGUUAGUGUAUAUAUAAUAUAGGCCAUCACACUAUGUCACAAUAUUUUUUAUUUAUUUCACGAAAUACAUCUUGUUUGUCCUAUAGUCACUUACUACCUCCCAUUAAUGAUUACUUACGUUUAUGCGAAUGUUAGACAUUGAAAUUAAAUUAAUUUUAUGGAAUUUAUAGCGGUUUAUACUUCUUUCACAACGUUUAAAAGGCUAUAGGGUUUGACGGAGAGAAUUGACAUGAAAUCCUUUAGUUUAAUUUUAAUAUCUGUCAUUAGUUUGAAGGACAGAGAGCAGAAUUAUUUAAACCGUAUUUUAAUGAAGUCAAAUGCUAAGUCCAAUACAAAUUGAGCAUCCGAUUAUUACAUUUUCCAGACGUUACAAUGAACUAUUCCAGUUGCGACAAUUGGACUUACGUUUUGAUGUUAAUCAAUUCUGUUCUAAAAUAUUCAUUCGACACAUUUUCUCUAGUUAAGACGAAUUUCAAUAUUCGUAGUAACAAAUCUCAUGAAUAGUUUAGUGAAGCUUGUAAAUAGUAUUUUAGGCUUGUAAAUAUCACACUUAAUUGUAUCGAUUAUUUUCUUUUCGUUCAGAUAAUCCUCAUUAAUUUAGGUGUGUUGCGGAUAAAGUUUAUAAGGGAGGCAAAGUAAAGAUAGUCUGGAACAUAACAUAUCUAUAUUUUACCAGUAUGUUUUUAGACAUCCAAAAAUAGACGUUAUUUUUUUAGUACAGAAUAUAAAGUCGUGUGGCUGUAUUUGCCUCUCACGUAUUAUACAUACAUACAUACAUAUAUACAUAAAUCCUCUACAGCCAUCAAAGAAAAUGUCUCAGAACAACGUUUAAAGCAUCUACAAUAGGUAUAACAGGCAAAUGAUGACAUGAAAAUAAUAUCAAUGCUAUAUUUUACUGUCCACCUUACAAACUUUAUAAACAACGAAAUUCGUAUAAAUCUGACAUAUACAAAAUGUUAUCCAGUCUCAUUAAACAGAGUUGCUUAAGACGCGCUUCUGUUAACUUAGGUAUUUCUAUAGUUCGUAUAAGUUAAAUAAGUACUUCGUAGAGUAAGUUAUUCUAAGAAUCCUAUUGUUUAUUGUAUUGUUUUUAUACCGAAUUGUAUUAUGAAAGGAGGAUGACUGUAUCUCUGUUUAGACGACACGUUGAAUUUUCGAUCGCCUAUCGUCCGUUUUCAAUAAACGAUUCCAAUCUUAAUCCUCCGAUUUCAAUGAACUAAUUAGAAUAAGUCAAACAUCGUUCUGAUUGGUCAAUUUUCGCGAUGGCGUUUAAUUAUCUUUUCUUGUGAUUUUUGUAUUCGAUAUAAAUUACAAGAAUAAUGAUACGGGAUUUUAAUGUGUCGUGUAAAAAGAGUAUACUAAUUGUGUAUGUUUUUAACUACAUUGUUCUACUUAAUUUGUACUUAUUCUAACUUAAAGGCCGCGCUUACUAAGUUAUAUACUUGUUUAUUUUGUAUUACACGUUAACUUAUCUAUUACUUAUCGAUAUAAAAAAGUAUUAAACAUUUGAAUAAAUAUAUUAUAUAAAGAAUAUUUUGCGUAGGUAACUAAUAUGUAUGGAAUACAGAAUUUUAUAAAGUUUCAGAGCUGAAAUUGUAUACCUAUUUAUUGAAUAUAGUAUUUUAUAUCAUAGAAAUAACGAUUACAAAUAAAACAGAAAUGACGGAAGAUUUUAUUUAACCGAUUCGUAUAUUAAAAUACUUUACUGUAUCACAAUAUUUUGUUAUAGUUUGUUUUUGAACUUAUUUACAUAAAAUAUAUUUUAACAACAUGCUCAUAAUAUAUUAAUAAAUAUAAAAAGGCUAUUGGACGCUUAAUACUUAAACAAACACUUAGGUUAUCUUAAACUGUUAACACGUUGAAUGGAAAAUUAUAAUCAAUUUUAAAACUAAGACUAAAUUCAUAACUUGCACAACCACAAUGAUAUUUAUUCUUUAAAUGAUAAAAAAAAAUAUAUAUACGCUAUACGUAAUCUAGAAAAUACCAUUACAAUUAAAAAUGAACUUUACUGUCAAUAGAAAUUAGGUAAGCUUUUUAAGAUUACCUAAUUCACUGUUCAACUGUUACAUUCAACGUGUACGCUGCAAGCCAUAGGUAUAAUACAAAGUAUUUUUAACAUCCAAUGCACGAGAUUAUGUUUAGUACACUUGUAGAUAAGCGUAGUGGGAAGUUAUUUGAGCGCGAUUUAUGCUUUUAUGUAUGUAUAGCUUGGAUGUUACGGCUGUCUGUAAGCUUGGUUGAAUGUACGGACGAGGCUACGGAAAACGCAUUUUUAUAAAAAUAAAUGUACUGAAAAAA